UGGGUGUGUGUUUUUUCAGAGUUUACCAAAAGAAGAAAGAGAUGAGGUUGUGGUCUUCACGAUCUCCCGAGUCUUUUUUUAAUAACUGAAUUGAUAUCCUAUUUUUGUAGCUUGGAUUUGGAUCUUGAAAGGAAAAGAAAGGGGCAGGGAAAAUCAGUCACACACCAGCUGCUGUCAAUUUUUUCCUCUGGAAAUCUUCCUAGGGUUUCUGAGCUUCACACUCUGCAGAUCUUCUACACCAGAAACGCUUGUCUGGGAAUUUCCUACUUUGGGUGCAACAAUGGUGAGGGGAAAAACUCAGAUGAAGAGGAUAGAGAAUGCAGCGAGUAGGCAAGUGACCUUCUCAAAGAGGAGGAGUGGGCUGUUGAAGAAGGCCUUUGAGCUGUCAGUGCUUUGUGAUGCUGAAGUUGCACUCAUCAUCUUCUCUCCAAGGGGGAAGGUCUUUGAGUUCUCUAGUUCCAGUAUUAACAAGACAAUAGAACGCUACCAAAGUAAAGCCAAGGGCCUAGGAAUCAGCAAGAGAGGAGUUCCGGAAAAUGAGCAGCAUCACUUGGAGGGAGAAACUGUUGACCUGGCAAAGAAGAUUGAGCUCCUCGAAGUUUCUAAACGAUACUGCAGAAGACUAUUAGGCGAAUGUUUGGACUCAUGUUCAAUAGAAGAGCUACAACAGAUAGAGAAUGAAUUGGAGCAAAGCUUAAGCAACAUUAGGAUACAAAAGAAUCAUUUAUGCAAGGGGCACAUUGAGCAGCUGAAGGAGCAGGAAAGAAUUCUAGGAGAAGAAAAUGCAAAGUUACGAGGAAAGUGUGGGUUGCAGCCACCGCAACCAUCGACCAAACAUCAAUCAGUACCAUAUGUAGAAAUUUCGGAGGUAGAGACAGAAUUGUUCAUAGGACCACCAGAAAGACGAACAGUCCGUUAUCUGUCAGAGACCUGAUCGGAGAUGAUGAAUAUAGCUUCAAGUCUAACAGCAGCACUAGCUGUCUGCAAGACCUUCAGCUGUUGUGAUCUUCGUUUUGCACUAGUGCAAAAUAAUAACAGUGCCAAGAUUAUUUUGUGAUUGUGCAUGCAAUAAUUGAAGGGAUUGUGCCAUCCGAAUAUACCAUUUGUAUGAUAAUUAAAUUGCUUGUGUGAUAUAGGCAGAGUGUAUAUUAGAUUGCAGGAAAGGAAUUGUAUUCUGCUGGUAUAAUUCUCUAUUCAAUACUGGGGCUAUGCUAGCUAGCUGAAUCAUACCUUUUCUCUAUGUUUUAGCCUCCGAGUUUGAAGAGAUAAUUUCAGUUCAAAUAUUAAAGUUUGAAAUCAUCUUUCAAGGAUAUGAUUUCAAAUUUUAGAAUUUACACUGAAGUCAUCUACUGUAUAAUAAACUCCUUUUUCACAACUAA